GAUGGGAAUUGUUUGGGGAUUUUAUAUUAACGGCAAAGAGGCUGCGUAAGAGUAUCUUACGAGCCGAAACGAACGCGUAUAUAAGAUCAACUGACACCGAGUAAUGGCAUCAGUCAGCUACCAGCAUUCCAAACCGGUGUACAACAUUUUCUACCAAGCAAAGUGCUUUAUCAUAAAAGUGCAAAUCUUCCACAGAAAACAGCAAAGGAUUUCAGUGAAUCUUACAUCCCAUACAUCCUAAAAAAAACCUCCAUUAGCAAUGGCUUCUUACAAGGUGCUCGGUAGUUUGAUCGUUGUUCUGCUGGUCGUGCUUGCGCUGAGCGGUUCGGCUGAAGCCGGCUACCGGAAACCACCCUUCAAUGGCAGCAUCUUUGGCAAACGUAGUGGCAACUCCGUCGACUACGAAGGAAAUGCGAAAGUGCUCUCCACCAUGUGCGAAAUAGCGGCCGAAGCUUGCCAGAGCUGGUUUACCCAGGAGCAAAAAUAAGCACCCGACAGAUGGGGAUAUCGCUUUUGCCUUCCACUCUGACAGACCGACCAAGGACGAUUUAGUGUGCUUCACAACUCAACUUCUAAAUAAACGCUACACUUUGGAUUUGGACAUGGUUCCGUACGAGAAUCAACACUACGCACCGUUUGUACCACGCAUCACACCGCAGUAAGGCUGAAAUGGGGGUUUACAGCAUGUAAGCGUUCUAUUCCGGAAUAAAAUGUUUUCUGCUACCUAUCAGUAAAAAUGUGCGA